AUUUUUUCUAAAUAAAUUACACAACAGAUGAUAAAAACAAUAUUUGAAUAUAAUAAAAUAUCUACAUCACAUAAUUUAUUUACGUACGGGCUAUGACUUUAAACUUUAUUAGUGGUUCUAUUACUGUCGUUGCCAAAUAGAUAUUCUCUUCUCCCAACACAUCACAUUACGUUAAUAUAUAAAUUAUUAAUAUAUAUUUUAUUGAACAACAUGCCAACUUUAAGCAUUGUUACUAAUUUACCAAAAAACCAAAUACCGCCAAAUUUUCUAGCUAAUGCAUCAAAAUUAGUCAGCCAAAUAUUGAAAACACCAGAAUUGGUAAGUUAGAUUUUUCAUUUAUUUAUGUAGUAUUCAAGAAUUAAUAUUGUUGUUAAAAAUUAGUUACUUAAUAACUAAUUGUAAGAUCCUUUAGUUGAUCUCAUUAAAUAUCAUUGCUUAUUUUAUUAUACUAGCAGGUUACUAUUAGGUACUUAAUAACAAAAAUAUAAAAUUAAAUUGUUUAACUUAAAUAGCAUGUUGCUGUAAAAAUUAAAGCUGGACAACAGAUGUUUUGGUGUAACAGUGAUUCAUUAUGUGGAUUGGGAAAUUUAGCCGGAACUGGAAUUUAUGGACUCGAAAAAAAUAAAUAUUAUUCUUCAUUAUUAUUUGAUUUUCUAGAAAAGGAACUUGGAAUACCAGAGACCAGGUAAGUAAUACCUAAUACCUACGAAACAAAGACAAGUAAUUACAUGUUCAUAUUCAAACUGAAACCUUUUUAUUUGGUUAAAAUGUAUACAACAUUACAAAAUAUUAAUAACAACCAAUAUAUCUAAUAGUAAGAGCAUAUAUUUAUAUGCACUAAACACAUUUAAAUGCAUGUGCAGCUGCUAUGCCCUAAAAAUUGAUAAAAUAAACUCUAGAAACAAACAAAAAAAAACUGGAAAUAAAAUACUUGUAAAUAAAUAAAGUAAAUAAAUGUAUAAAUAAAAAUGUAUAUAUAAAAAUAAAUAAAUUAAUGAAUGAAUACCUGGAGUAUUAUGAUUAGUGUAUUAUACAACCGGUUUUGAAUAAUACACUAAUCAUAAUACUCCAGGUAUUCAUUCAUUAAUUUAUUUAUUUUUAUAUAUACAUUUAUUUACUUUAUUUGUAAAUUUUAUUUUAUUAAGAGUUAAUCCUGGCAAAAACAUUUUAUAUUGUUUCAAUAUUGUAAUUUGCAAUAUUUUUAAAAAAAUGUAUCGUUUAAAAAUAUUUUUUCAUACAUAGUACUAUAAUAGUAAUCAGAUCGCCUGUUGAUAUAUAUAUAUCUAAAACAACUUUUUUUUAUUUAUUGAGUUAAAAAUGUCUUUAAAAUUUUCCAAAUCCUAAAAAUUUCAUUGAAAAAUAAAAAUGAUAAGAUGCCAAAAUAAACCUGUGUACCUACCUAUAAUCUACAUAGAAUCAUUUCAAUAUGAAACACAUAAUAAUAGAAUUAUUUUUUUAUUUUUACUUUUUUUUUUUUAUUAAUCAAUCCAAAUAUGUAAAAACAUAUAAACAUCCUAAAUUAAAAUUUUUGAAGUUUUUGCUCAUUACUUCCAAACGAAAAUCGUCAGACUUUUAUGCUACUAUUUAUAUGUUUCCACAGAUGUAGUAAGUAUCUAUUCUCAAUAUGACAAUUAAAUCUACUCGAGUAAUUUAAAACAUUUAUGUAUUUAGUUAAAUUCAAAUUUUUUUUUCAUUGCAGGUGAAUCUUUAAUAUUAUAAAAAUUUAAUUUACUAAAUUAUCUAUUAACAUAUAUCUAAAUAAGAAUUUAAUUUUGUAUUGUAGACUUUAUAUAUCAUUUGUGGAACAAAAACCAAGCAAUGUGGGAAUUCGAGGCACGACAUUAGAAGCUUUAAUUCAAUAGAUUGUUAAUUGACAAUGUAUGCACUAUACUAAAUAAAUUGUUUGUUUAUGAGUUAAGAUUAUUGUUUAACAAAAUUAAUAUUAUUAAACCUUCUUAAUCUCAAGUAUAAUGAGUUAAAUCACCAUUAAUAUAAUUUGUUUUGGAAAUUAUUAUUUUGAAUUAUAAUUAUUUAUAGGUAUCGAGGAGUAUUGUAAUAGUUUAUUGUGUCUUAUCCAAUGAUACUAUGAAAUAUUGUUAAUUCUAGAUAUCUAAUAUGUCUUAUGCAGCUUAAAUGUUAGGAACUCUUUAGUAAUUGUGUGGAAAUUUGACAGUCCAAUUACAAUAUUAUAAUGGUAAAAUAAAAACAUAAUUUAUGAAUAAUAUCAUUAAUUGUAAACAUUAUAGGUAUUAUGGUCAAAUGAAAUACAUUUUUAAAAAAUUUCUUUAGUUAUUUAGGGUCAGCUAAUACUCUAAAAUAGGGAAUCUCUGAAUAAGGAGGGCCAGAUUGGAUAGUAAGAGAAGCUGAGAAGAAAAAUUGGAGGAUUAGGUAUGAGACAGGAUUGUUCUAGUGCCUGAUAAACCAAAGCAAGAAACAAUAUUUAGAAAUAUAAAGAUAUGUAGGUAUCAAAAUAGAUUUCUAUUUUAAAUAUCCAAUUAUUAUAGCUUAUAACAUGUAC